AACCGUUCUCUAAACAAGCAAAACCUCUCCUGAAGCUGAAGUUAAAGAAAACUCUUACUAAGCGUAGAGGCUGAUAACCUUUGAGGGGACUGUUGAACUUUGAUUUACACCAAAUGGUACCGCGCUUUACGGCUUUUAUUGCCGUAACUUUAAACUAAAUAUAAUGUUACCAAAUUAAGCGCAUUCAAAGUUCGCGCUGUUUGAUCCGCCUUUAAAGAGAGAUCAGCCUGUUAGCUAGCCAUGUUGCUGUAAAACGCGGAAAGAACAUUAACUAAGUCAAAGAGCAUAUUCUGUUGUGUAUGUUUAUGCUUUGAGAUUAGACAGACGUCUUUAAAAUGGAGGUGACGGAUAUCGGAAACAAAGAAGAGGGGAAAGUCUGGCAUCGAAAACCAACACCAGGCAAAGGAGUGUUGGUGACGGUGGUCCGCACUGCUCAGCAGGCCAAGAUUGUGCGUUUCCUCCAUGUGACCUUUGACACCACAGGGGACUCCUUCCUUGCUGGAGAUCACCAUGGCAACAUCUACAUCUUUGACAUCAGUAGAAACAGAUUCCGUCUGGUGCAGAAGACGGGGCAAGCCUGCACUGCUCUGGCAUUCAGCCUCCGCAGGACCACAGAGUUCCUAGUGGCCUUGGCUGACUACACCAUCAAGUGCUUUGACAAAGACACAAAGCAGCUGGUCAGUUGGAUGCGGGGUCACGAGGGAGCAGUUUGUUCGAUCUCUGUCCACAGCUCCGGUCGCUACGCCAUCAGCACUUCUUCAGACACAGCUCAGCUCUGGGACAUGGACACCUUUGAGAGGAAGAGGAAGCUCAAUAUCCGACAGUCUGUUGGCAUUCAGAGGGUGUUUUUCCUUCCUCUCAGUAACACCAUCCUCAGCUGCUUCAGCGAUGACUCCAUAUUUGCUUGGGAGAGCGACACGCUGUCCUGCAAAUACCAGCUCCCUGUCCCCGACUGCGGACCCAAAGUCUCCUACAAGGCCUUUGCUGUCACGCGUGAUGGGAAGAGCCUUGCUGCUGGUGGGCGUUCCAACCUGCUGCACCUGUGGUGUCUGGACAGCAAACAGCUGAUCAGGGUGAUUCAGAUGCCCUCGCAGGUUCGAACGGUCCGACAGAUGGAUUUCCUGCCGGACAGCUUUGACGGAGGAGCCAGCCAGACGCUGGGUGUAUUGAGCCAGGACGGUGUGAUGCGUUUUAUCAACAUUCACACCUGUAAGCUACUGUUCCACAUGGGUUCCCACGACGACGCCAUCACCACAGCAGCGGUCAGCCCGAAUGGCAGACACGUCGUAGCCAUCAUGGAUAAUGGCAGCAUCAAUAUCUACAGUGUUCAGAGUCUCACUCAGGAACUAAACAAGCCUCCUCCCUCCAAAGUAGCAGUAGUCUCUGGUGGUGGAGCUGAUCAGGACUUGUCUAACUUAAAGGUCAAGGUCAGGUCAGAGGUCGUUCAGAGACCAGCCAAGAGCUCAGGCAGGCGGACGCAGGUGAAGAUACUGAGACCCCCUGCUGGCUUUACAGCUGAGGAGAAAGAGAAUGAACUGCCUGCUGGUCUGAAUAAGAAGAGAUUGGUUGCUCUGCUCAAGGGCUUUGGAGAGUAUCCGGCUAAAUACAGGAUGUUCGUGUGGCGGUCUCUACUGUGUCUCCCGGAGAACCAUGCGGCGUACAGCAGUCUGACUGACAAAGGCCUGCACUCAGCCUACCUCACUCUGCAGGAUAAAUACCCCAUCAAAAGCCACAAAUUACAGAGGGGGCUACAGAGGGUUCUGUCUGCCUUAGCUCACUGGGCAGCCAUCUUUGGAGAGGCGGAGUACCUCCCCCUGGUAGCCUUUCCUUUCGUCAAACUCUUCCAGAACAACCCAAUGCUCUGCUUUGAGGUGGUGGCCACUGUCAUAGUGAAUUGGGGUCAGCACUGGUUCGAGUACUUUCCCAACCCCCCUCUGAACAUCCUGAGCAUGGCGGAGAACGUUCUGGCUCAUCAUGACAAGGAGCUGCUGCAGCACCUGGUGGACUGCGGCGUCACCUCACAGCUCUACGUGUGGCCCCUGCUGGAGACCUUGUUCUCAGAAGUUCUUACUCGUGAUGAGUGGCUCAGGCUCUUUGACAACGUCUUCUCCAACCAUCCAUCCUUCCUGCUCCUGGCCUGUGUGGCCUACGUCACCUGCUGCCGUGAGCCUCUUCUGCUCUGCUCCCAGAAAGAAGACUUUGAGUAUUUCUUCCACCACCGUAACAACCUGGAUCUGGGAGCCAUGAUAAAGGAGGCUUACCAGCUCAUGGGCAGCACACCGGCUGACAUCCAUCCAAGGACUUUGCUCUCCGACUUUACACCACUGACACAUGGCCAGUACCCCGUGUUCAACCACUACCCAGAAUUCAUAGUGCAAUACCAGAGCCGUGAGAGGGAGAAGAUACGACUGCAAGAGAUGGAGUAUCUCCGCGAGAGGCAGGAGGUGUCGGCACUGCGCACAGAUUUUGUGCGUCGCCAGGCUGAAGAGGAAGCUUAUUAUGCACAACAGGAGCUGUUGCAGAAGGCAGAGGAACAGCGCAGAAGCAUCCUGGCACAAGAAGAGGAAAAACUCACUCAGCAGAGGGCAAAGUUGGCAGCCAUGAAAAGAGAGCUGAAGGUGAAGGAGCUACAGCUGCUGGAUGCAACCAAAAGACGGUUCCUGAAACACCAACAGGAACUCAGAGCCUCGCAGGUUCAAAGACUGGACCAGGAGAUCAGUAAAAAGAUGGAUCUCCGGGAGCGAGAAACGGCUACAGCAGUCCAGGAUCUAGAAGUCCGACAGAUGGAGCUGGAGGCCCAGCGGAAACGACUCGAACAGCACCUGUUUAAGGAGCAGGAGCGCAUUGGACGGGAGGUUGAGGAGGAGGUGGAGAUGAAGAUGAGGAAGGCACAAAGAGAGGAGGAGAACUACACAGAGCUGUUACACCACACAGAGACGAACAUGCAGGCCCUGGAGGAGUCCCUGGCGGAGGCAUGCCAGCUGGGCUUGGAGUCAGACUGGCAGAGAGAGGUGGCGGAGCGCCUGCAGCAGGUCGACGCCGAGCAGCAGAGCAAGAGGGAGAGACUGGCAGAGAGUCACAGACGAACCCUGGCAGAGGAGGAGAGACUGGCUGACACCAUGAGGGAUGUUGCAGGAAGGAAGUGGGAUGAGGUAAUGAGUUCCAGAGCUCAGUUACAGGAGCAGCUUCAUCCCCUGUCUUCAGCAGAAACAGACGUCCGAACACAGAUGAGGGUAAUAUCGCCGUGUUCCACCAGAGGUCCUCCUCACCGACCCCUACCCGCCACUUCUGUUAGUGUUGGAACCAGCGCUGCAGGUCCAGCAUUUUCAGCCUCCUACCUGAAUCAGGCAGGAACCAACAUGGUGUGUCUGAACAGCCGAUCCCCUUCAGAGAGCACCUCCACCGUCUUUUCCUUGGACCGAGGUCGGGCCCAUCUGGACAGCAGCGAGAGAAAUCUGAUGAAGGAAAUCAGAGAACUGAGACAGAAGCUGGCUGCCAGAGCCAGAGAGGGCAGCUCAGCCUCCUCACCGUCUGUCUACACUCUGUCCUCUGUCUCCCAGUGACAAAGUGAUCUCUGUCUUUAUCACAGAAACAUAUUCCUAUCUCAGGCUACAUCAACAGAAACAGAUGAAGGUACAGCGAGCUGCUGCCUGUCAUUUUCAGAGUGCUCCUGAAGCAUCCUCUAAAAAUCACUUCCUCGUUCUGUGUCCAUUCACUCCUCUGACUGUUCCCUGGUCAUAACCCUAAUAGCCACCACAGUUGCUGGCCAAAACAGAGCUAGGAACUUUAUGAUCGCACGCCGUCUGCAGCCACUGAACAUUCCCCUGCGUGACAAAGUGAUGCAAAAUGUGUUAUUGUUCGUCCCAAUUUAAUGUUCAUUUGUACACUUUCUACUCAUAGUUGUCAGUUAUGUAAAUAUUCUUGCUGGUUCUCCAUUUUGAAUUUUUAUUUCAAGGAAUUUUCUUCGAUUUGUCUUAUUUAUGAUCUGGUUUGGAUAAAAUCUUUUUUUAACUCCUAA